AUGCUAAGAAGACGGAAGAAGUUGGAAGUGGAGAGGGAUAUGCAUCAGAUGUAUGAUGAACUGCAACGGUCACGUCGGCGGCAAAUUCUAAGGUUGUUUCAGGAGGUGAGGGAAAGGAGGCAGUGGAAAAAUGGCAGCGACGAGGAAAGGGAUUUGCCAAAAGAGGAUGAAAAGAUGACUUACCCAGAAGAUGAGUUCAUAUUGCUAGACGAUAGCAAAAUGCCCAAGGACGACGAAGAGGAAGAGUGGGGACGAAGAAAAUACGGAGGGAAGAUGGGACAAAGAAUAUUUAAAAGAAUGAACAGGAGGAAAGAAAGAAUUAAACAGCUCAAAUUGGAGCAUAAGAGAGUUAAAUACAAGUAUUAUAAUAUUUCUAAGACGGAAAAACAAGCACCAUUAAGAACAAGUAAGAAGGCAUAUUUGUGGAUUCGUGAAUGGUUCAAGAUGAUGAUGGGUAGGAAUAUUCAUUCUCAGUAUGAUAUAUGGAGGAAGGGCAUGUGGUCUCUUUAUGAGGUUCUGAAUACGAAGCAGGAUAAGAAGGAAGGAGAGGACACGGAAGAAUUUUCCUCAUUUCAGGAUACUUUAAAAAAAGUAAAAUCCCUGGACACUCCCUUUUUUGAAACGGAUUCGCUAGAUAUCUGUUUGAAUGUCAACUCUUUGCGAAUUCCAUCUGUAAAGGAUGCCUCAGGGAGCAGCUCCUCCACCAGGUGCACCUUCUCAUCAGGCUUCGAAUCCCCCAAUGGUGUUUCCUCUUACGACCUACCGAGGGAUGAAAGGAAAAACGGUCGAAUAGAUCAAAUCAGUGAAAGACAAUAUACGGAGAAGGGGGAAAGUUGCUCUCUGGAGUUUGGCAAGUUGUUUGAGAAGGGUGAUGUAGUAAGUAGCAUUCAUGUGGAGAGGCCAGCGGAAGGAGAUGCUCUCAUGUGGAGGGUUUCCUCUUCUCAAGAGGAUUUCCAAAGAAGAGAGGACAAUUCCUUCGGUAGAGCUCAAAGAGAAUGCGCCAUAUCGAUUCCUAACAAUGUGAUAACUGAUGAGAAGAAGGCAAGUGAGGUCAUUUCGAGCAAGCAUGCCGGGAAGAGCAGUAGGAGGAAAAAAAAUAGGGAUGGCGUCGAUGGUGAUGGUGACAAUCCUGAUGAUUCUGUGAACAAGAGUGACGAUCACCCUAAGAACAAAGAAAGGAAAAAAAUCUCCCUCUUCGGUCACGUCAAACCAGUAGAUAUAAUCAACCGAGGGGUAGACGCUUAUCCGAUUUUACGUAACCAACAGAACCUAUAUGUAGAUGUUCUGAUCAUUGGCUCGGGAAUCUCUGGACUUGCGGCGGCCUACUACCUAAACAAAUGUAAUGCAGACAUACUAGUCAUUGAAGGAAGAAAUCGAAUUGGAGGAAGAGCUUACUCCACCAUUCUGCCAGAGAGAAUAAUAAAUAACAACUUGCUCCCCGAAACGGUGGUAGAUUUAGGUGCGAAUUACUUGCACUGUUGCGAGAAUGCCGAUGUACCAAAUGACCAUAACGCGCAUUCAAAUCAGGGGGAUAAAAUACACGAAGAGAACUACUUCACAAAGAAAGAAACACUGUCCAUGGACUCAGGGCUCUCCGUGGGUACUGAUAAUCGAAGAAAUGGUAAGAGUAAAAAAGCAAGGAAGAAAUUCUAUUAUAGGAGAAAUAACAAAAGGAUGAAAGUUAGAAUUCCACCUGAUAAGAAGAAGGAGUUCAAUCCUCUGGACCCCAGUAACAUGGAAGAAAUGGAAAAACGAUUAUCCAAUAAUGUUAACCUGUUCAAACAACAGUAUGCACAAUUGAUGGAACGGUUUGGAAAAAUCCCCCUAUAUAGUAAAGCUCACCAGGAAGGCAGAAAUCGCACAGGGGAGAGGCAAUCCCCAGAACAAAGUGGAAACGGACUCUCGGCGAAAUUCGCACAGCGCCGAGGAGAAGAUGACGACCCACACCACUCAUACAGCGACAGCAACUACUUCCAAGCGAGAAAACAGAAAAAGGAGAAAAAAAAAAAAAUCAGAAAAAAUAUUCUCUUCAUGGUGAAAUACAACAUUGACAAUAUAUGCAAUCUAUAUAGCUACAUAUACAAACAGAUGGGAUUGAAAAAAAAGAAAAAGGAUUUAUUAACCUUUUUAAAAGACAUGGAUGAAAAUAUAUGUGUACAUACCUACCUGAGUGACAGCUGUUUAAGUAGCGAUUCUUCCUUUCCUUCCUCCAUGUACUCCUCCUCCUACGGAGACAAACAACCUCCCUUCCUUAAUGGAUCGCAUAAAUGCUCCAAAAGGGAAAAUAAAAAAUUAAAAAUACUCUCCGUCAAUAAAGAUACUAGAAGAAGAAGAGGCUACGACAAGUCUGUAACUCAGCUGGCAAAUAAAUUAAAACCGAAAAUAUCUUUGGUCUGUGGAAAGGACAACUGGGAAUCCACUUUCUAUGCUUAUUGGUAUAAUAACGAAAGUGGAAAACAAGUUAAAACCUUUAAAAUAUAUAGGAUGAAUUUAUUGUGUGAUAAAAUUAGGGUUAGGGCUGCUAGGAAAAUUAAAACAUAUCUCUUCAUAAAUAAUAAUAGGCAUGAUACGACUGUCGAUAAUUAUCCCUCCUGUAUGAACUUCCCUGGGGAAGUCAUCCAUCAUUCGGAAAAGAAAGGAGAGAACCAGUCGGUUUCCGUGCAGGACAUAAAAGGGGCACAAGAUGGGUAUGAAGAAAAAGGGAAGGAGGAGAUAGGAGAGCUACAGAAGAGCAUCAAAUCGGAUUUUAUAAAUACGAACAUAGCGGAAGAACAGUGUGUUAAACGAAUGAAGGUAAUGAACGAAUCUCGGUCGAAGAAGAAAUGCACAUGGACGGGGAGCGGAGUGGACAACUACGACAAGGAUUCAAUCAUUUAUGAGAACUACUACGACUACGGAGAGGAGUACUAUCGAAUUGUGAGAAAGGCAACUCAACCAAUCCAGCCAAAGGCAACUCAACCAAUCCAGCCAAAGGUAAAUGAACCAAUCCAGCCAAAGGUAAAUGAACCAAUCCAUCCAAAGGUAAAUGAACCAAUCCAGCCAAAUGCAAAUGAACCAAUCCAGCCAAAGGCAACUCACUCAAUCCAACCAAAGGAUAAGAAGGAUAUAAAAAGUACAUUUCUCUUUAACGAACACAAGGAAAGGAGAAGUAUGUGGGAUCUAUUAAUCGAAUGCACAGAGGAAAUUCUUGAAGAGAUGAAUAUACACCAGGAUAACUUCUCCCUGGAAGAGUGGAAAAUAUUAAUGGUUAUGCUACAGUCCAGAUAUGGCUAUGGAAGUGAUUUAAGAGAGACAUCCAUAGCCAUGUGUAGACUUCCAUUUUCCACCUACAUGGAUAUUGAUGUAUGUCCAAACUAUGGUACCCAUGAUUAUAUUCUAAAACAUUUUAAAUAUUAUAAUAAAAUUAGGAAAUACGAACAGAUUCCUCAGGUGAUAAGUUUCAAGGACAACACCAGUGCUGAUCAGAUAGUUCUGGACGGAUGGAAGUGGCUCAUAAAUUUCUUGUCCGAAAAUAUACAGAACAAAAUUCUUCUCAGCACAGUAGCCGAAAUGGUUCACAUAAAGGAGGAUGGUACAUUUUGGAGUAACGACUACAAUGGUGUUAAUGAUACUUCUCAUCAGCAGGGUGAUCAUCUAUUGGUUAAUACACAGGGGGAGUUGUCUUCAGAGGAGGAUCCCAAGAAUGGAACCCAUAUGGGGAAUUCCCCACAUUGUGUAAGAGAUUCCACUGGAAACUAUCAAUCUGGUGAUGUCUUCUCUGAGGGUGCAGUUCAGGAGGGGAAGGGGAUUCACUCUGCCCACAAUGGAAAACAUCCGAGGGGAGUGAAGAGGACUCAUGAAUACUACAUCAACGGGGACGAGAAAAGUAAAGGCUUAGAAGUUGUGCGAAAUCGAUGCCGGCCAGGGGAAAACCAGGAAAACUACAACGUUAUGGUGCAGUGCAAGAGCUACGAUACGUCGAAGAAACAAAUCAACAAGCAUUUCCAUGGCACAUCGAAUCUCACCAAUUGCAACUACGCCAAAGUGAAUAUCUUUGCCAAGUAUGUAAUUGUUGCUUUACCACUUGGAUGCUUAACAAAUAAUGAAAAAAAAAAAAAAAAAAAGAAAUCGUAUUUGCAGUUUGAACCCAAGUUACACCCACUGAAAAUUAAAGCAUUGAAUAACUACAGAAUGGGAAAUCACAAUAAAAUAAUUUUACGAUUCUAUCCAUUUGAUUUUGACUGGCCAUUUGAUAGCUUACAGCUAAACUGUAUUGAUCAAAAAUUUCAGUUCCUUAAUUUGCAUGCCUAUGGAAAAAUUGGCUGUGUUUUAGUACACUGUUUCCCUCCCUGGUCAUGUACCUAUGGGUAUAUUAAAAAUGAACAUUACAUCGUAAACGAAUGUUUGUACACUUUACAUAAGAUGUUCGAGAAUACGGGAAAGAAAUUACCCAUCCUCGUUGAUUAUUUAAUUACCAAAUGGCAAGAUGAUAAUUUUUCCUUUGGCUCAUAUGCCUAUCCUCAUGUCAACUGCACUGAUAAUGAUUUAAUUUACUUGAGGGCUCCGCACCCGAUUGAUAAUCCCAAGGUCGUCUUCUGUGGGGAGUACCUAUCCAAGAGUUAUUUCCAGUGUGUAGACGGAGCGUAUGACACCGGCAUACGGGCAGCUGAAGAUAUUGCACAUAUUGGAUUGAAGUUAGGGGGUCCCGACACCAAACGCUACAAUACGGAUGUUUUUUUCUUCCCACAGGAUACGUGCCCAUUUACUAACAUACCUUUGCCCAAGGUAAAAAAUAAUUUACUUGGAUUUUACAUAACGGAUGGAAGUGAUGAAGCGCUUACUGAUUAUGAAAGCUCAUCGGAGGAUGACGACGUGUCGAACCUUUCUAACAUUCCUUUGUCCCUUCUCAAGGGGGAACACGACUUCUUGUCCUAUUCGUUAAACAAUAUUUUGAAAUUUUUCGACCAUCUGAAGGGUGAUGCCUUUUGCAAAUCUGAUGAUGGCAAUCAAAGGAGAGAAGGAAGAGGGGAGAAGCAGAGUAGCGUAGAGGGGGGAGGCAUAACUGUGGAGAAAACCCACACAGAUAGGCUUAAGCGUAAGGUGGAUUCCCCAGCGUCGGAUGGGGACUUCUCCGAGGAUUUAGUCCACAGAUCAAUCGCUUUGGUAUCACCAGAUUUAUCCCCCAAAUGGCUGAACUCCUGGGAAACCAGUUUUACUGGAGGAAAUCGCUUAACUAGCUCAAGCAUCCAUUCGACACCUGCGCUAUACACACACGGAAGGAUAGAACACUGUACAUCCCUGAGCAACUACGACGAGUUCAGCUUAUACAUAGACAAAAACAUAAUCAAAAUGAAUGACAUCAUUUUCCACAAUUACAACGAAACUGAAUUAAAUUCGAUAAGAAAAGAAAGCAUAUCGCCCGUUUUUUUAAAAUCAAAAUUUUUGCUCUCUCAAUAUUUAUCAUCUGUGUUGAGCAAGUAUCACCACUUUAGACAUUUUAUUCAGAGGGAACUAUUUGCUAAAAUUGAAGCUGCGAAGGAUGUACUUGUGGACCAUUUCGAAUGGAGCAAUCUUCCAAAUAAUCCUUUGGGCUUUCCCUUUUUAAAUGAAAAAAUAACUGAUCAUACAAAUGCUCAAAUGAGUGAAAAGAAGAAAUGGGAAAGUGCAGAGAGCUGCAUUUUUCCCGAACAGACAAGCUCCUGGAUGUACAGUGGAUAUAAACCUCCAAGUGGUGGAGCACAUGAUGAAACCCUUCUCCUCGCCGUAUCGCCUUACACUGCGGAGGGCAUACGAAUUGAUCAGAACUGCCUGAACGGUUCAUGCAAAAAAGAAGAAAAAACGAUGGAGGAGCAUAAAAUAUACGAAAAAAAUAUGAACAGUUCAGAAAAAAAAGGAGAAAAAGAAAAUGCACACAUGGAGCUAGCUACAAUGAGAAAAGAGAAAAUAAAUCACAUGUAUGUUCAGAAUAGGGAAAUAAGCGAACUGAACAUAUACUUGAAAUAUUUCUUAAGUCAAAAUUUCUCAUCAGACAAAAGUGUAGAGGAAAAUAUUAUCUACAUAAAUAAAUAUCAAAAAAUUAAAUUAAACUGUACAGGAUUUCUUUUUUUUGUGUGUUAUCUUUUGAAGUAUAUAAUAAAAGAAACAAACUAUGAUACUUGCCACUAUUUUAUUGACUCGAGUGUGAUCAUUCAGUUGUUGUGCGACUACAUAUACCACUUGAUAUUUUACAAGCACGACGUUCUGUGUUAUAAGUGCGUAAAUGGAGGGGAAUUAAUAAUGUGUGAUUUUUUAGGCUGCACUCAAGGAUGGCAUUCCUACUGCUUAUGCUCGAAAGCGGGAGCAGAGGAGCAGAAGUCCAAGCGUAAGUGGAUCUGUCCCAGCUGCCUCAGCACAAACUUGUCCCAGAUUUUUAAGCGGGGCUUCUAUAACCAAAAUGAAAUCAUACAGAAUUACUGGAAGAGAAGAGUUUACAUUUACAAAAUAAAGUUCUUUCUCUCGAGAACACGCCGGAUCAGGCGACGAUUAGACCUGUUGCAAGUGGAGCUCUCCAAAAGGAUUAAUUGA